UAUUGUUGUAAUUUUUUUUAUUAGCUUUGAUCUUCCCUACACUGUGGUUGUACCUGUAUAGGAGGUUCGAUGCACCGGAGUACAUGGUUGGAGUUGUCAUGGCGGCAUUUAAUCUAUCUGGUUUCUUUUCAUCUCCGAUCAUUGGUAGAUGGUCAGAUGUAUCACACAGGUCUAAAUGGAUUAUGAUUUUUUGUGACUGUUGCGAAAUGGCAGGAAAUAUCAUCUAUAUGAUUGGCGUUUAUCCUGGAGUGUUGGUCCUAGGACGGAGCAUAGCAGGUAUUGGUACUGGAGCAGGUGCGGCUAUGAUUGCUGCAAUAUCACGGGCAACUGCUGAGGGUGAAAGAACUCCAAUAAUGGCUCGCCUUUUGGCUUGUAAGCAACUAGGACUUCUGUUUGGACUGUGUUCAGUAUUCUUUUAAAAGACCUAGAUUUCAACAUUGGGCCAAUCAAGGUUUGAUGUCUUCAGUUUUUCCUGGGUGCUAAUGGCAGGACUCUGGUUUCUUCAUGCAAUAAUGGUGUUUGUGUUUGUGAAUGACCUACGCGACCUCUGUGAUGUGGAUAGUCCCACAGGUAUUAGUCACCUGAUACCAGAGCGCAAGAAUGUUGGUGUACGCCCGGCAAGCGAAAGUAACGAAAAUCAAAGGGUACGGAGCAAUCUCUGGGACGGCGGACGGUAAUCACUUGUUGCCUCAGACGUCAAACUUUACAGCACAGUCUAGCAGUACGGAGGUUCUCGCAGAUGUGAUGGAGGAGGAGGAGGAAGAGGACAGAUGCGACGCCACUGAUGAGCCGAUGACGCCACUGCUCUCGCCCAGUGCUCCAGGUUGUCCCUCUGAAGACGAUAAUAAGAACAUCUCUUCGACGGGUCUGGUUCUCACUGCACCUCGAGCAGAGAGCGAAUCUCUGAGCGACGAGGAGGAUGAGACCCAUGGCGCUACAAAACGAGCGCGCCUGUCUCACGACCAACCCGUACCCGUUGACGGGCAAGUCUGCGAAUGGCGCUGGCCGACCCUGCACGAGACGGAACGCAGAGACGUCCCGUCGGUUCAUAAUGGCACCGCCGCGACUCUGUGUGCGGCUGCAGGCAUGGGUAGGGCGCAGACGCGUGGCCUGCGCUGCCAGCGCGGACCGGCAUUCGUACACCACCAAGUGCCACAGCUGCAGCCGACAUGGAUGAGACCGAUGCCCCCAGGUUGUCGCGCAGUGGCUCUUAUGGCAGACCGCUUGCGGAAGAGGCGGCACACAGUUUUGUCUACCACAGGUGAUGAGAACUUGACUUUUCGGCGCAGGCAGUAUAUACGGCAAUGCAGCAUCCAGUAUUCUCAACAUUAUUUACUCAUGAGGCAGUUGUCUCGGCAACCAUAUACCAGACCAACUGAAGAGAGGACUCUAAAAGAGCGAAUUGCAUUCUGUGUCACAGGUAUAGUUCUUUAAUUAUCAAUUUCAAAUAUCUCAAUAAUAAAGUAAAUUAUUUCUGUGCGUGUGUGUGCUUUUAUGCAUGCAUUCUUGCAUGUAUG